CGAGCGAAAACCCGGCAUAUAACUAACUAAGAGAAUUAGCAGAGUCAACCGUUGAUUGUUGCUUGUUGUUUUCGAGAGAAUAUUUCUUUUACGCUCGUUACUUACUGUCGAUUUGCGGGGAGCCACCAUGCUUGACUCGUUCGAAAUCAUAACCACCUCCGGUGUGGUCCUAUGGUCAAGAUCGUAUGCUCCGGUGGGAGUCCAGAUCAUAAAUAGCUUGAUCAACGAUGUGUUUAUUGAGGAGAGACUCCAACAGGAGGCCGGCUCCGGUAUAGUAGCUCCGAGAUACAAGAAGGAAAAAUAUACAUUGAAGUGGAAACAGGCAAAGGAUCUUGGCUUGAUAUUCGUGGCCGUUUACCAGUCUCUGCUCCAUUUGACCUGGAUUGAUGAACUGCUGGAGAAUAUCAAAACGAUCUUUGUGGAGAUGUAUAAGGAGCAGCUCAAGCAGCCAAAUUCCAGGAUUGUCGAGUACCCGUUUGACAAGUACUUCGAUCAACAAGUAAAGGAAUUAGAAUCUGCUGCAGGAACAGCAGUUGAGAGUCGGCCCCCUCUGUUGGCUGAUGAUAAGAAGGAUACACUUGUUGAUGCAGAUAACGGAGGCCCACCUCCCCCUCCAGUCCCUGGCCUUCUCCUUGCGCAGCACCACGCUGCGCGGGCCGCGGCGAACUCGAAUGAGAGUUCGCCUUCCCAGACUCCAAACCCGUCGAGACCAGCUACGCCCAGCCACAUCCUUACUGCGAAAUCUGGUCCAGGUGGUCGUACCUCACGACGCGCACGCAAAGCUGCAAAUUCAAAUGCAAAUAUUUCGUCGGGUGAGGAUACUAUUAAGAAAGCAAAGAAUUUGAAGUCGGCGGCGAAGAAGAUGCGCAAAUGGGACGCGGAAGGCUUUGCGGACGAGGAUGAUGGCCAAAUUCUGGAUUAUUCCGCUUCCAACGUGAAUGGUUCCGAAUCGGAGGAACCAUCUGCGCCGGUAGAGGCAGUUGACCAGGCAUCGUGGGGAACAAAGACUAAAAAGGGCGAAUUUGUGUUGAAGGAUUUGGGUGAUGAAGUCCACUCCAUUCUACAAAAUGCAGAUGCUGCUAAAGACAGGGCCAGCCCGACCAAUGGUGUUGUAGGCUCCAGUUUGGGCGCUAUUAGUGGCCUGUUCCGAAAUAUUGUUGGCGGCAAAGUCUUGACCAAGGCAGACCUGGAAAAGCCCCUCAAGGCAAUGGAGGAGCAGUUAUUGAAAAAAAAUGUUGCCCGCGAAGCGGCUAUUCGCCUAUGUGAUGGCGUCGAGAAGGAGCUGACCGGGAAAAAGACUGGAAACUUUCAAAGUAUUGAUUCCGCUCUUCGAACUGCAAUGGAGUCAUCGCUUCGGAAAAUCCUCACGCCCACAUCGUCGUUGGAUCUUUUGCGGGAGAUCGAAGCCGUCACAUCGCCUUCAAGCACACAGAAACAACGCCGCCCAUACGUCAUUUCAAUUGUCGGGGUAAACGGCGUUGGAAAAUCCACUAAUCUUAGUAAAAUCUGCUUCUUCCUGCUACAGAACAACUACCGUGUCCUUAUCGCGGCUUGCGACACGUUCCGUUCCGGUGCAGUCGAACAGCUUCGCGUGCAUGCCCGCAACCUAAAAGAAUUAAGCGCUCGGGAGAACGUUGGGCAUGUGGAGCUAUAUGAAAAGGGUUACGGUAAGGAUGCAGCAAACGUAGCCAAGGAUGCAGUAAGCUACGGCGCAGCGAAUAACUUUGACGUUAUCCUCAUCGAUACAGCCGGCCGUCGACACAACGACCAGCGUCUCAUGUCUUCUUUAGAGAAGUUCGCGAAGUUUGCGCAACCUGAUAAGAUCUUCAUGGUGGGCGAAGCUCUUGUCGGUACAGACAGUGUCAUGCAAGCUCGGAACUUCAACCAGGCCUUUGGCGCUGGAAGAGGACUUGAUGGAUUCAUCAUCAGCAAAUGUGAUACGGUGGGUGACAUGGUUGGCACGCUAGUCAGUAUGGUUCAUGCCACUGGAAUCCCGAUUGUUUUCCUAGGCGUUGGCCAACAUUAUGGUGAUCUAAGGGGGUUGAGCGUUCCUUGGGCAGUUGGGCUUCUAAUGAAGUAAACUUUUUGCCGAUUAUGUAUCUUACUUGCGAUGUCUUUUCAGGAGCAUCCGACAUCUAAUGGCAAAUAUUUCAAUAUUCUUCCCUUUUAAAUCUGUCGAUUCGGUAUUUUGUGAAUACUAUUUUUUAAUCACAUUCCAUCAAUUAAGCAUCGAAUUCAUGGUGCCUAUUUAAUAAAUUAUCUGGUCAACUUUUCUCAGCUCUUCCAUACCAUAUUCUUGACUAGUCGAACCUAAUAUUCUUACUUCUCAAUACAACGCCAUUAAAACGGCCAUGGGCGCCACAUACAAGGGUAA